UCAGCUGCUCACGCACGAGCCACGAAGUUCCGUCACUAACGCCUCACGCAAAAAAAAAGCUGACGUACUCGGGAAAAAGAUUAGGAUAAUUCGACGGAGACGAGCGCCCGAUCCGAUCUACUGACUCCCCCGCCCCGCAGCAGAGCCACAUAGACAAGAUCGCCCUGUCCAGGACACCCGGGAUCCCAGGGAUGAGACCUCUGGGGACGAAAAACAGCGGAUAAGUUAGCUGUGUGCGUGUGUGUGUGCGUAAGCAAAGCUGGAAAAUUGUUGCUGCGCAUCGGAGGAAAAUAAAGGACAUCAGGCGGCUGGAUUGGCAUGAGGAGGAUAAGGCUCAAGCCAAGGCUAAAGACAGAGGCAUAGAGCUUGAGGAUAAACCGAGAAUCGGGCUCCACCGAUUUCAGUGCCUUUGUGUGGCAGCAACAAGGUGUGCGUGUGUGUGAGUGCGUGCGUGCGUGUGUUGCCUGCGCAGUGCGUUGUUGUUGCAGUUGCAAUCGCCAGUUGUUGCUGUUGUUGUUGCUGUUGCUGUGUGACACAACAGUAACAAAAUAUUGAGCCGCCGAGCAAAACACAUAAUGUGGUCGUUCUUCUCGCGCGACUCCUCGAAAGACUUCCCCUACGACAUUGGCGAACCGGUGGGCGGCUUUGACCAGUACUCCAUAUGGACGCUGCACAAGGCCAAGCGCAAGACCACGCUGGAGGAGGUGUCGGUGUUUGUCUACGACAUCCGUAGCGGAUCCGACACCAAGUGCGAACUGGCCAAGGCGGCGCUGAAGCGGCUCAAGACAUUGCGUCACCCCAGCAUCCUGCAGUAUCUGGACUCGCUGGAAACGGACAAGAUGCUGUACGUGGCCACCGAGGCGGUGGAUCCGCUGGGCACCUACUUUGCCAAGCUGGGCAGCGACAAUGUGCAGAAGGGCCUCUACCUGGCCUGGGGCAUCUUCCAGAUCACUCGCGCCCUGUCCUUUCUCAACAACGAUGGCAAUCUGCGACACAACAAUGUUUCCGCCUGGUCGGUGUUUGUCAAUGCCUCCGGCGAGUGGAAACUGGGCAGCCUGGAGUACGUCUCAGCGGCGGAUGGCAAUCCCAUGCCGCCCGCCAAGAUACCAGUGACCCUGGAGGUCUACGAUUCCCCCGAAAAAAACGAUCCGAGCAAGCUCAAGGCGGCCACCAAAUGCUCCGUGGACAUGUGGGGCCUGGGCUGCCUGGUGUGGGAAGCUUUCAACGGUGUGCUCAAGCAACGCUCCAACCUCAAGGACAUAGAACACAUACCCAAGUCCCUGCAAUCGCUGUAUUGCGAGCUGGUGGGCGCCUCGCCUUCGAAUCGUCCCAAUCCGGCGGACAUAAUCACACGUUGCCGCAAGCCUGGAGGCUUUUUUAAAAACGAUUUGGUGGACACACUGCUCUUCCUGGAGGAGAUCCAAAUCAAGGACAAGGCGGAGAAGAAUCGCUUCUUCAGUGGCCUGACCACGCAUCUCGACAACUUUCCGGACAACGUGUGCAGGCACAAGAUUCUUCCACAGCUGAUAACAGCCUACGAGUACGGGGAUGCGGGCUCUGCCGUGCUGGCUCCCAUGUUUAAGCUGGGCAAACUGCUGGACGAGAUGGAGUACCAGAAACGCAUUGUGCCCUGCGUGGUCAAACUGUUCGCUUCCACGGAUCGAGUGACGCGAUCGCGCCUGCUGCAGCAGCUGGAUCUGUUCAUCGCUCACUUGCAGCCACAGGUGGUCAACGAUCAGAUUUUCCCCCAGGUGGCUCACGGGUUCCUAGACACCAAUGCCACCAUACGCGAGCAGACGGUCAAGUCGAUCAUCCACUUGGCGCCCAAGCUCAAUUACAAUAACCUGAAUGUAGAGGUCCUGCGUCACUUUGCCAGGCUGCAGGCGCGGGAUGACCAAGGUGGAAUUCGCACUAAUACGACGGUGUGUCUGGGCAAGAUUGCGCCGCAUUUGCAUCCGCAGGUGCGCCAGCGUGUGCUGGUCUCCGCUUUCAUUCGUGCCAUGCGGGAUCCUUUUCCGCCGGCAAGAGUCGCCGGAGUCCUGGCGCUGGCCGCCACACAGCAGUACUUUCUGCUCAGCGAGGUGGCCAACCGCGUUCUGCCAUCACUGUGUUCCCUCACCGUUGAUCCGGAGAAGACGGUGCGCGAUCCGGCGUUCAAAACCAUCAGAGGCUUCUUGGGCAAACUAGAGAAGGUCUCCGAGGAUCCCAGUUUGCGGGAAACGAUGGAGGCGGAUGUUCACACGGCCACGCCUUCGAUUGGCAAUGCGGCGGCCACAUGGGCGGGAUGGGCGGUGACGGCCGUCACAGCCAAGUUCUAUCGCAGCCAAAGUGAUUCGUCUCGACCACGACCGCCUUUAACUGGACGCAAUCUGUCCAAGCCAGCGUCGCUUGAGCAACCAUCGAGCAGCAGUUUAUCGACCACCACGAGCAGUGUUACCUCAAUGACGUCGCUGGAGCAUGAAAGCAAUGACACCUCCGCCUCGGCCUCCGAUUAUGGCAACAACGAUUGGGACAACGAAAACUGGGGCGAAAUGGAUACCUCUCAGGAUCCCAGCAGUCCGCUGGCGGCCAGCUCCAAUAAUGGCGCCUUGAUGGCAGCCAAUGCCUUGAGCGAAGUGCGCGACGGCUGGGACAACGAAGAGUGGGGCAGUCUCGAGGAGGAUCCGUGCGAGGAGGAGGAGCAGGCGGAGCAGGAGCAGCAGCAACAACAACUGGCUAGACAAUCGAUAUCAUCCACGUCAUCCAGUCAGCCAAAUCAGCGCCCGCUGCUGCCAAAUCAGCAGCAGUAUCCCCAUCAGCAGCAGCUGCAGCAGCACGAGCUAAACGAUCUGAUCGAGCCGCUGGCCAAGCUCAACUCGCACGUCACCUCGCCGUCGAAGCAGUCGAUGCUGCGGCCAAAGGAGCUGCCCAAUCUAUCCAGCAGCAACACGUCGCCCACGUCGGCCACUGCCAAUUGCAAUAACAUUAGCCCGCCUUCGUCGCAUUUGAAUAAUUCGACGCAUAAUGCCAAUUGGAAUAGCGAUUCGUGGGCCGACGGGGAGUUCGAGCCACUGGAUGAAUCGGGAUUCGGCAAUGCCAAACUGGACGAGGCCCGCCGCAAGCGGGAGGAGAAGAAGCUGCAGCGGCAGCGGGAGUUGGAGGCGCGACGGGCCCAGCGGGCGAGCGGCCCCAUGAAGCUGGGCGCCAAAAAGCUUUAAAAGUAAUCAGCCGAUAACAGCGACGUGUGUUGCUUAGCUGUUAUUCGCAUCGUACAUCUAAGCCCAAAGUGUAUUUUGUAUAUUUCUGUGCGUGUGUGUCUUGUCCCGGCCCCGAUUUGUCCAAUUUGCCCCAUUUGCCCCAUUUGGCCCAUUUGGCCCAUUUGGCCGCUCUGUGUGUGCUUUGUGUUUGUUUUGGGUGCCAGUUUGCAUUAAAUGCAAUCUCAGUGUCUCGAGCCUCCAUUUCGAUUCCGUAACAUAGCCGUAUUGUAUUUCUAAUGCUGGCACGAUAUUAGCUAAUAUAUUCAGCGUCUCUAACGAAAAUUCCAAUGUAAAGCACUGUAAUUAAACCUGUAAUUUAUAUUUAUAACUCAAACCAACCAACCAACCAGUAGCUAGUAAAUUACUUCAAAUUUAUAUCCUAAUUAAUCGACUAAAUAAGCGUGAUUGUCGGAGUGACACGAUUGAGAGUCGGGGACUCAAUCGAUAUCAGCGAGUGGAUACGAGGUCCUUUUCCAAUCCCACUAUCAAUGAGCGAAUGGAUAUGGAUGUGCGUGUGUCUGAUUUCAAAACCCAUUUUAGUCGCCCCUUUCCAAAGGCUAAAACUUGCUGGAUGCCAAUCCACGCGAUUUUCGAGGGACAGUGAAUAUCUAGGAAUCUAAACUAAACGUAUUUUUGCGAAUGGAGCGUAACCAAAAUUGUGAAUUUUAAUACAUAAAUAAUAGCAGAUAUUUUUAUAUAGUGCAUAAUAAAGGGAAUCGAAAAGUAUAUAGAACCAACCAAAUAGAAACAACCGAAAUCGAGAACCGCAAGCAAUUAUAGAAGGAAACAAUUUUAAAGCCUUUCAGCGAUACAUUUGUAGUAGAAUUGCACUUGUUAUAUACAUAGAUGUCCUACGUUGCCAUAAAUAGGAACGAUCAGGGAUCGAUGUCCUCCCGGCUCGCUGCGGCUGCUGGCCACUUUCCGUUGGACACUCCUCGAUUUUUACCCAGUAAGAACAGCACCAAGCGCAAGGCCAUUUUUGCAUGUCGAACUAGUAGCGUUACCUAGCGUAAUCUUACACUUUUGGAUGUCCUGUACAUACACUUAGAUACAGAUACAGAUGCAGAUGCAAGUGCAGAUUCAGAUAUACAUAUACCUAACAUAUAUGCCGAUUUUUUCCAAUACCUCAAUAUCAGUGUACAAUUUUUCCAUAAUAUAUUUUUGAAAUACAAACGAAACUAAUAACCGCAGCGAGGAAAUACGAUGUGAAAAUGUUGACUUUUUGAAAUCUCAUUGUUGUCGCCGCGUCUGUUUGCAUUUGGAGCAAACGCCACACAUACAUAUGUAUAUUUGUAAUUAAUGCAACUCGAUUCCGAUAUGCCCCGCCUACCCCGCGUUCCGCCCCCGCCACCAACCACACUUAUUGGCAUUCAUUUUCUUAUAGCAAAUUCUCUCAGCAAAUUUAACAUUAGCGUAACGAACUAUUCAAAGAAACCAUUGAAAAAUAAACAAGAAAUUGAAGCAA